UAAGUAACUACGAUAGCAAUCGCACGCGUUUAAAUCCAAGAAAAUCAAAAACUAUGAGGCUACUAUUUUUCAUGUUCUUUGGGGUGCUGCAUGGUCUGCAGUUACCAUUUCUCAACAUGGGAAUAAGUUUGCCAUCUAUACCAAGAAUUGGCUUUUCGUUGCCAGAUCCGCUAUUCAACCAGCAAGAUGAUGGCAUGCUAGAUGCGAGGGAUGAGGAUGGCAUGAUAGAUGGAAUGAUACCAAAUUUCCCAUUUAGAGAGGGAAAAAUGUUAAAUGAAAAAGACGUCAAAACCAAAAAUAACACAUUUGUUAAAGAUGGCUACAAAUAUACAACAAUUAACAAAACAGGACCUGGUUUUUUCUCCUAUAUGACUGAGGUUGUUGAUGAUGGCAAGAAAGGAAACAAAUCCAAAUUUGAUAUCUCCUCGAAACUUUUCAAGGGCGGAAGUCUUCUUAAUUUGAUAAACGGCGGAGUUAUGACAGAUGGAAAGAAAAAAUGUAAGAAAUGUUCGCCUGGUAAAUAUUGUGAUCCAAUGUUUGGCAAAUGUCGUAAACAGUUAAGUGAAGGGAAUAUAUGCAUGCUCAUUAAUCAAUGCGAGAAAGGUCUGAGAUGUGUGUGGGGAAGAUGCAACAGAGCUGAGGCUGGUGCACCAGGAACAUUUUGCAAGAAGAAGGAUCAAUGUGACGGGGAUGCAUGUUGCAUUAGGACUGAAGGAAGCUUCCAUGCUAUGUGCAUCCCCCCUCUUGAUGAAGGUGCUGUGUGCGGACAGCAAAGUGAAAACAGUUUCAUGAACCUGCUUUCUCCUGAACGGAAUAAGGAAGAUAAGCAAUGCAGCCCAUGUAAGCCAGGCCUUAAAUGUGGCGGAGUUGGAAAUAUGCACUACAAAAAAUGUGUUCCACUAAGUUACUCCGAGGAACCUAAAGAAGCAAAUAAUGAUAGCAGUGGUGACAAAGAUGAUGAAGAGAAAAAACAAAAAGAUGACAAAAUUGACAAUGAUGAGGAUGAUAACAGCGGGAUGAAGGAAAGUUCAAAAGAUGAUGAUGAUGAUGAUGACAAUAAUGAUGAUGUCGAUCCGAAAGAGGAAGGGAUACCAGUUCAAACCAAGCCGAAGAAAAAGAAGAAACAGAGGGGCGAGAAAGUAUAAACUUGGCGAGAAAGUGUAAACGUGGCAAAGUGUAAAUUCAAAUUUUAAGAAAACUAUUUGUACGUACUUGUGACAGAAAAAUAAUAUUUGUUUAUAUCAUUCCCGACGGGUAAAAA